AAAUUGGGUCUCUGCGUUUUUCACUGUCUCCCUUGAUUUUUUUUUCUGCCACAUUCCCCCUCCUUUCCCCCGGGUGUGUCGAGUCUUUUUUUUUUUUUUAGUUAAUAAUAUCCAACAGAUUGUGAGUGUGAGCAGCAGUGAGAGUGCGCGGGGCUGACAGUGCGAGGACUGGGCUGGGACUGACACACACACACACACACAACAGAGAGAGAGAGGGCUGCACGGGGAAGCGCAGGGACGGGGCGCACUCGCUGCAAUUACGGGAGGCCACUCACUGAGCAAAGACUGGGGCGCGCUCGCUUGGCUGUAAUUACAGGAAGAGCCGAGGGAAGAGCACAGGCUGCAAACUCACAGCGGAGCCACUCACUGAGCUGGAACUGAGGCAGGACACUGGAGCCCAAAGGUUGGCACUAAGAUGCCAGGGUUGGUGAGCAGAAAUCUGGAUCUGGAGUUUGACUCCCUGCAACCUUGUUUCUACCCAGAUGAAGAUGAUUUUUACCUGUGUGACCCAGACUCUGCCCCCCCAGGGGAAGACAUCUGGAAGAAGUUUGAAUUGCUUCCCACACCCCCACUUUCCCCAAGUCGUUCUGGGCUGCAUGGUGAUCCUCUCUCUCCAGGGCUGCCUGGGGAUUAUGGGGAUUCAGUGGACUGGGCAUCUGAGCUGUUGGUGUUGCCUCCAGAAGCUGACCUGCUUGGAGGUUCUGGCUGGGGAGAACUUGGACUGUCCCCCUGCAAUGUAAAAUCCAUCAUUAUCCAGGACUGUAUGUGGAGUGGCUUCUCUGCCCGGGAAAAGCUGGAGAGGGCAGUGAGCGAGAAGCUGGGCAAGGCAUCAUGCACCCCAGAGCCAACCAUUCCCCAUCCACCCAGUUCAACAGUGGGCAGCUCUGUGUCGGGGCGUGGGGUGGACAUGAAUAAUCCAGCAGCACAUUGUGUUGAUCCAGCCGUGGUGUUUCCAUUCCCAUUCAACAAGGGGGAGAGCUGCAGGACUGCCCCCAGCAGUGCCAACCCUCCACCCUGCACAACCACAACUGUGCCAACAUCCACGACAGCUAGGAAUUGCACUCAGCCUUGCACAAGCAGCUCCAGCUCUGGAGAGGAGAGCCACAGUGAAUCCGAUGAUGAUGAAGAUGAGGAGGAGGAGGAAGAGGAUGACGAAGAGGAAGAAAUCGACGUGGUCACAGUGGAGAAAAGGCGCAACUCCUCCAACAAAUCUGUAACGUCCCUUACAAUCACCGUUCGACCUAAGAACACCAUCUUGGUGUCCUCGAAGACCGCGCAGAAUGAGGUGAUCCUCAAGCGAUGCGCUCCAGUUCAUCAGCAGCACAAUUAUGCCGCUCCCUCACCGUACGUGGAAACCGAAGAGGUGGCUCCACCUCAAAAGAAGCUGAGGAACGAAUUGCCGCGCCUAGUGAAGAACGUGGUGCCAACCAAGCCAAAAAGCUCCAGUCCACGCAAUUACGACUCCGAGGACAGCGAGAGACGGCGAAACCACAACAUACUAGAGCGACAAAGGCGCAAUGAUUUGCGCUCCAGUUUCCUGACUUUAAGGGACCAUGUACCAGAACUCAUUAAAAAUGAGAAAGCCGCUAAAGUCGUCAUCCUGAAAAAAGCCACUGAGUAUGUUCAUUCCCUGCACGCCGACGAACAGAAACUCUUACUGGAAAAAGAAAAACUGCAGCUCCGACAACAACAGUUGCUCAAGAAAAUCGAACACUUGCGGACUUGCUAAGCUUUUAUUUUCCAAUUUCUCUUUUUUUUUUUUUAAGCUCUUUGCUGUUUUUUUGAUAUCGUUUGUUCGGUUUUCCUCUCCCUGAACUGUUGAUGCCACUUUGCACAUUUUUGGAUUCUUUAAGAAGAAGAGAAACAUUUUUGACGUUAAGAAUGUUGGUUUCAUUUCAUUCCAGUUAACUCCACAGUUUUGGGGGGCGGGGGAAACGUUGUUUUCUCUCUUGCGUUUUUGAACAACUGGAUGAUUCUUCGAGGUGUUGAGUAGACUGCCAAAAUCAUUUACUGUACACUUUUAUAUGGGUUUUUGUUUUUUUUAAAGACAUUUUUUAGUUCUCCCAAUCCCUUAGAAGAUAAGUGGGUUGCAUUUUUUUUUUUUAUUUGUUUUUGAGCUGCUGUUUUUUCAUUCCUCUCCAUUUUCUUUAUGGUGCUCUUUUUUGGUGAUGUUACGCAAGAGGACUAGCACUUAUUCCCUCUUGGUACAGUUUUGUAAAUACCUACUGUUCAUGCCAUUGACUUUUUUUUUGUAUUUUUUCUCGGGCUAGCCAGGUAGCCCUCCUCCCUCUCCCACUUACCAAUAAUUAGACUGGAAGCUCAGACCUAAGUACUGUAAUUACCUCAAUGUUUGAGGCGCAUGUUUUGUAUACAAAUAUAUUGUUAAUCUCUCGUUAUGUACUGUACUAAUUCUUACACUGCCUGUAUACUUUAGUAUGAUCCUGAUACAUAACUAAAUUUGAUACUUAUAUUUUCGUAUGAAAAUGAGUUGUGAAAGUUUUGAGUAGAUAUUACUUUAUCACUUUUUGAGCUAUAAACUUUUUUGUAAAGAAAAUUAUUAUAUAUAUAUUCCUUCUUGUUUUCUUAGCCUGUUCUUUCUAGUUUUUUUUAUGUCCCUUUUUGUUCAUGUUUCGGAGCAUAGAACUGGAUCAUUUCAGAGUUUGUGUGUUUGUUUUUUUUUUUACUUUCCUUUCUUGUUUUCUCCUUUCCAAACAAUGUACAUUUUUAGUGCUUUAUCUAUUAGCACUUUGAAAUACCUCAUGUUUAUGAAAAUAAAUAGCGACAAAAGA